CGCAUUCGCGAGCAGAACUCACUUGCGCAUUGUUAGCCCUACGGACCGCAUAAGCAUCAUGCCUGAACUUAAAAGUGACGUGCCAGCAUCCGAACAGCGAAGCAACUUUACUUGGGUUGACUUUAAACAGGUUCAGGAACUUACUCGGCGCAAUCAAGAGCUCACAAAAAUACUCGAUCUGAGAGAGCGAGAAGUAGCGCAUAUUACCGCACUUCUGGAAACAAAAGGCGACGUUCUCACAGCAGGUGUCCGAAAGUCAAAAAUAAUCGAAGUUGCCAAAAAAAAUCGCGAACUUAAGUUGGCAGUUGAGCGCGAAAAGGCAGAGAAGGAACGCUUACAGACUGAACUCAAAAAGUUGCAAACAAAACUAAAAACGCACACGUCUGAUAUAGAUCGUACUGAAUCCCCUGUCGAAACUGCGUAUCGUGAAGUUGUAGCGGAGGCUUCAGAGACAGCAGAGUUGGCCAGGAAGGAACUGGCAGUGUGGAAGGAAAAGGCCACACACGUGGCAGCUUGGGCAGAGCGCAGCAGCGGUCGCUAUACUACUGUUAAGGCGGAAAAUGACAGAUUGCGUCUUAUCAUCAAGCGCGAGGUAGGUGAUGCUGCUGAAGAUUUAAAUCGCCUCGAGGAGGCUUCCAUAAAGCAAGGGCCAGGAGGUUGGAGAGGACGCGCACAGCAAAUCCAAAAGCUUAGGAACGAGAAUACCUUACUAAAGCAGAAGCUUGGGAGGAUAGAGGAUCUACAAAGUUUCGGCAGAGGUCAAGUCACGGUGCCUGAAAUCGAGAUGAAGCAGACACAUAUUCGAGCGGAGGCAUUAGCGGAUGUCCGAUCGGACAACGAGUAUCUUGAAAAGAAGUUGAAGCAGACUGCUUUGCGCAAAAACCUUGUUGAGAAGGAGUUGAGAGUUGUCCGUGAGAAGGUGAAUGUGCUCACUGAGAAGUGCUCGAACGACGAUAAACUUAUCAGUGCACUCCAGCUGGCAAUUCGUCGUAAGAUAGAUUCAAGAGUGACCGAAGGCUCUGGAACAGGUCUGCCAGGCCAGGCAACCUUUCAGGGCAGCUUUGCAGGAAAUGUUGUGCCUGCGGUGAUGCAUCAUGCUGUAGAGCGCAGGGCCCACGCGCAAGAGCAACAAAUCCAAGUUCAAAAUCGCAUCGUGCAAGAAAUGCGUCAGCAAAAUUUACAACUGCGUGCAAAGAUCGCAACCAUGGAGUAUGAUUCAGGGAAGAACACGAGAAUCAGAGAAAAGUAUUCCUCACAUAACUCUGAAUACAGCCUUCCGAGUGGAGGUGAUGGUAUGAGUGUUAUGCUUAGUGACCAAAAUGUCGAGGACGUCGAAACUCUCAUCAGUCAUGCAGAGGGUUUGGAACGGCUUGUUGAGCUCUUGAAGGGUAAACUGUCAGUAACAGAAGCACAGGUUGAACACUUGCGCAAACAGCUUAGCUGAUGAGUCCCUCUUGCGUAGUUGUAGCUAGAGGCUGCACUAAAAUUGAUGGAGUGACUGAAUGUAGGUCACACGCGGGGCACAACAAGAAUGCCGAAAAAAUUCAUUUGACUUAGCUCUAACGGCAUAAUUUUCUGAGUAGAGAGUACCACAGGCUUCGUUGUAUAUUUGGAGGAAAUGGAACACGAAGUAGAGAUACAGUAGACUAGUCUACCCGUGGAAAUGAUGGUAUGGGAGACGGAAUUCUGGUGGGGUGUACAAAAGCUGUAAGAUAUUGUCACUGUGUCAUCUUCUUGCCUAGCUUAGUGUCUUGGUUUAGCAAAUAAGGUGGAUGUUACGCCUGCGCAUUCUUGACAUUGGACUUCUUGACAACCGCAUUCAUAAAAAAAUAUAUCAAAUACUACACGUAC